UGUUAUGUUUUGGUUUAAUUCUCAGGCAGGUGAGGUCCAUAAGCAGGCAGGUGCAUUGGAUUUGGGUCAACAUAUUAAAAGGGCGAAGUUGAAGAGAAUAUCCAAGUAAUUGCUAUGAAUCUUCGCAGUUUCCAGCUUGGUCAUUAUAAUUUAAAGGUUUGGUUAGUAUUAAAUAUGAUAAUAAAACUCGAAAAUUGCCUAGUACUGCUUCGCCAUUAUCGUUUAAGUUUGUUAUGCUUCAGCUUCACCGGUUCUAGCUACGGCUAUCUCCAUCUCUCUCAUGUCUCUGGAUUCGUAGGCCGGGGUUUGGCGGACAAGCAAGAUGAAUGCAUGUUUGAAGCUGAAGAUCAGGAAAGACACAGAGGAGACGCCAUUUAUGAAGAAUGGAAAAAUGUUGUUAGAGGAGCGUAUCGCCCUUUUCAAUGGGAAAUGCAAUCCUAUCCGUUUCUUCUCUGCCAUGGAGCUCAGCAUAGCAACAAAAAACUAUGACCAGCGUCAGGUUUUUCUGCGUGCAGGUGGUUUUGAAUAUUACAAGGGUUGCCUGGAAGGCCGCUUAGUUUCAGUUAAAAAAUUUGAUGACGAUCACUGGCCGUUUACUAGAUAUGAGGACAUUUUUAAAGACGUUGUAAUUGGAUCAAAUAUGAGUAUUCACAAAAAUGUUCUAAAGCUCCUAGGAUGCUGCCUAGAAACCCAAUGGCCGACUCUAGUGUAUGAAUAUGUAGGGCACAAGAGUCUCAAAGCGUGCAUUUGUGAUCGAGUCGAGCCUUAUCAACCGAUACCAUGGAAGGGUAGGUUAAGGAUUGCAAUGGGAAUAGCAAAUGCAGUUGCAUAUCUCCAUACUGCAUUAUCCAUGCCCUUUGUACACAGGGAUAUUCAGUCGUCCCACAUUAUGUUGGAUGAGAAUAAUGUUCCCAAGUUGAUUGAUUUCUCGCUCUCUUUACCUAUUCCUGAAGGUCAAUUGCAUGCAACCGAUAGUGUUGUACGCUCGAGAAUUGGUUUUAUUGCACCUGACUAUUCUCUUACAGGCAACUUUACUCAGAAGGAUGAUGUGUAUUAUUUUGGUAGAAUUCUACUUGUGCUUUUGGCAGGAUGGAUGUUGAAUACAGAAAAUACCAGGUACAAUGAAGGCCAUAUACUACGCUGCGUGAAGGCCGAAUAUGAACAUGAACGGUUAAUUGAAAUUGUAGAUCCGGAAUUGUUGGAAGAAAGUGUUGAUCAGCAGCAGUUUCUAACUUUUGCAAACCUUGCCCUGAGUUGCCUCUCCAACAAACGCGAAGAUAGACCAACAAUCACUGAUGUGGCUAAACAACUCAGGCGGAUUUAUGAUCAGUGUCUCUGAUCACCACCUUAGAUUAGCUACCUUACAGAUUGAUUAAUAUGUAUAUUCAGGGUCUUCUAUGCUGUAUAGUACAUGCAGCAUUUGAAGGCACAAAUCUGUCAUCAAGAAUGUACUCAGUUGAAUAAAAAGGCAUACAUGCAGCCAUGUUACUCUUUAUAUAUAUGCAGAGGGCAAAGCUGGGUAUGGUGUUGACUCCCCAUUAUUGCAGCUAAAAAGACACAAAGAUGUAUGAGUGUGGGAUCCUAUUAAUUUGGAGUUUUUAGUUA